AUGGUUCGUUAUUGGAAGCAUCGUGGACAGAAAAUAUUUUAUUACGUUCAACCACAUAUUCAGAAAUAUUUUCCUUAUCAAAAACCGGAACUCGGAGGAACAUCUCCCCAGACAGCUAUACUGACUGGGAAAAAGCCUAAAGUUCCUUACGACUACGCAAUAGGUCAAAUAGUUCCAUUUACUCAGAGUUUAACAUCAUCAUUUCCAGACAUUGUCAAAGUUCGUUUACAUAAGCUCUGCUUGAACCGUUUCCUGUUGAAGUAUUUCUAUCAAACAGCAACAUAUUGGGUGCAUACACAAGGUCAACCAGUCAAUGUUGGAGACAUUGUACUCAUUGAGAAAGCUUAUCCACCACUGGCAUUCAAUACUGUGUACAAAUUGAAGAAGGUGGAGUUUCCCGUUGGUAAUCUUAUUGAUCCGGUGACUGGUCUUCGUUCUGAGGGUCCAGAAUAUUCCAUUGAUGCGUUAAAGUCUCUUUUAAAGCGAGAGAGUAGUAUUUCAAAUUAG